AUAUGCAUAAAGCCUCAGUAAACAUGUGAUAUAAUUGUCACAAUUCCCAUAAUCCGUUGCAACUUCCCUACCUUACUUGCCUCACCCUAAUGCUUUAGUUUUCGAAUACACCUUUUCGCAAUGAAAAACCCCCUGACAGGCUCUACGUAUGAAAAAGUGUAUCAAGACUUAAAGGAUAUAUCUAAAAAUGGAGAAACAUUUUGUAAAUCUCUCAUGUCGGUUCUACAGCAAAGGUCUAACCUGGAACUGUCUUAUGCCAAAGGACUGGAAAAGGUAGCAAGCAAAUUGACAAAAGCAUUAGAUCACAUGAACAAAAAUUGCAUCCACGAUGCCUGGACAUGCGCAUCAGAGGAAAUGAAGACAACGGCAGAAGUUCACAAAAAGUUAGGCACAGCCAUUCAAACGGAAGCAAUAAAACCCACAAAUCAAGUUCUGGAUGAGCAUGACAAGAGGAGGAAAAAGCUAGAUAAUGAAGUUGAAAAGAUGGCAAAUUCAGUCUUAAGCAACUGGAAACAGCAGAUCAAGACCAAGAAAAAACUAAUGGACCAUACAAAAAAACAUGAAACACUGUUCCAUCAUGUGGAAAUGGAAAACACCAAACAAACUCUAACAGAAAAGGAGCGACAAAAGCUUUUCAGUAAACUGAAAAAAUCUACAGAGAUAUUGACGAAAACUGAUGAAGAUUAUUACCAAGAAAAUAUAGCCGGCCAAGCAGUAAGAAUAAAAUGGGAGAAUGUACUGGAAAACUGUUAUAUGAGUAUUCAAGAGCUUGAAAAAGAAAGAAUUCAAUUACUGUCUCACAUCCUUACACGGUACAACCAACAUGUUUUGAAUUUUGGACAAACAUUGAACACUAGUCAGAACCAAAUUGACCAAGCUAUUAAAAGUAUCGAUGUCGAAAAGGACAUACAGAAUUUCCUGGACGAUACUGCUGUUUAUUCUGAAAAUAGCAAAUCCGAAUUUCUUCUUCUGGAUUAUUAUGAAGAAGAUCAUUCUAUUGCUAUGGAUAACGAAAGAAGAAUACAUUCUAUUAAUUCAAAGAUAGAAAGGCUUGAACAGGACAUAGAAAAAGCUAGGAAAGAUAAAGAAGGACUGGAAAAAAUGCUGAAAGCAUAUGCAGAAAAUCCAGCGUUUACAGACAUCAAAAGUGAAGAUGAAACAGCAGUACUCCUUGAAGAGACAGGCUUAAAAAUAAACCUCUUGGAAGCAAAUAAUUUCAAGCUCACCUCAGCCCUAGCUUCUCUCCAAGAGCAACCUCUACCAACGCACCCGUGCAGUGAGCGAAUCAAUACAUGGAAAGAGAAGGGCUGCCAGCUAUCUUCAGUUCAGAUAUCUCGAUCUAUCAAUACUCGAAAGCUAAGUCGUUCUCAAAGUUUGAGGAUAUCUAGCCGGCGGAGUGCUAGGUUUAGCAGCCUGAUAUCACAUGAUACAAAUGAUAGUGCUGUAGAGAAUUCGGCUGGACUUCCCAAUAAACCUCCGAGAGGACUAACAAAAAAGUUUUCCAAAAAACAUCAUUCCAUUGAUGUGGACGAGUGGGAUGAUGAUCAAUCUGAAACAAAUAUUCAAAAUAUAAGUUCAUGCACAGUUUUAUACCCUUAUGAGGCUCAGACAGAGGAAGAACUUGGCUUGAAGAAAGGUGAUCAUGUAAUAGUUCAUCAAAAGGAUGAAGAUGGUUGGUGGUAUGGUACCCUAAAUGGAAGGAGAGGUUAUUUCCCUGCUACCUAUGUCAACGAGAGUGAGGAAGACCAUACAUCCCAUGCGUAGAAGAAAUUUUAAAAUCUUCAAUCUGUUUAUGAGGCAAUUAAGUUUUCAACAUUAUUCUUUACUUUAAAUUGUGAAUUCAAAGGGAGUUCCAGAUCUUGGGCCCAAAUUGCUGAAUUUAGAAAAAUCUCCAAAUCGACUAUUUAGGUAUACAAUCUGAAACAGACUGUGAAUUCCCAAUAAUUCAUACUCUAGUGCAGGCAUAGGCAACCUUCGGCACUCCAGAUGUAUUGGACUACACCUCCCAUGAUGCUUUGCCAGCAUUAUGGGUGUUAGAGCAAUAUGGGGGAUGUAGUCCACAACAUCUGGAGUGACGAAGGUUGCCUACUCCUUCUCUAGUGAAUAACCCAGUCUUAUUGUAUAUA